AUGGCAAAUUCCACUGUGGAGCCUCCCUCAUCAGCGACUGCUGCACACUGCGUCGUGUCAUACCAAAACUCACCAUCUCAGAUUGACUUGUCUCUUGGGGACUGGGAUUUAACUACCACCUCAGAGGGCCGGAGUAUUAAGGCUAAAGUUUCCAAAGUUACUGUCCAUCCGCGCUAUUGUCGAUCAACCCACCAGAAUGAUUUGGCUGUCCUGAAACUGACUGAAAAAGUGGAAUACACAGAUCGGAUCAGGCCCAUAUGUCUUCCAACAACAGAUAUUAAUGUAGAAGAUCAGCUCGCCAUCGUCUCUGGAUGGGGAAGGAACGAAGCUGCAAAGUUACAAUCUCAGUUGCAUUAUUUUCAGGCCACAGUGAUCAAGAACAGCGUCUGCGAUCAAAGAUGGAAUUCAAAUGGAACAGCCAGAGGGUUCAUAGUCUCCUCCAUGAUGUGUAUGGACUCAUCAAGUGGAGACUCUUGCAAUAGAGACAACGGAGGUCCGUCCAUCCAUGAGCAACCACCUGGUUCUGGCAAUUAUGUUCAAGUGGGCAUCGCGUCCUUCAGAUCUGAGACCUGCACAGACGCCAGCCUCCCGGGCGUCUACACCCGCGUCUCCUUCUACCGAGACUGGAUCCAGCAACAAAUGACUUGAUCUGGACGAUUUCCCUCGCAUCAUCUGUCUUUCGGCCCUCACCCUGCCUCUGCAAUAUUAUGCGUUAUGAGAAGAAUGUGUCAGAUAGAUUGAUUGUUAUGCAUGCUCUCUCCACACACAC